AAUUCCGAGCAGCGUGACUAUAAAAGCAAGCUUGCAGCGUUGCAUUUUCUUACAUCCAGAUCGAGUUCAAGUGCAACAGAUCAAACUAGUAGCAGCAGAAGAUGUCUAUGCAAGGCGUUGUUCCUGUGCUUGCAGCGGCUUUGGCCAUUGCAGCCUUCGCCUCCUUUCCUUCAGGCGUGCAAUCCGUUGGUGUGUGCUACGGCAUGAUCGGCAACGAUCUCCCGUCGAAGAGCGACGUCGUGCAGCUCUACAAAUCCAAUGGCAUCACAGACAUGCGCAUCUACUUGCCCGACGUCGAGGCCAUGAACGCCCUGCGCGGCACAGGCAUCGGCCUCAUCGUCGGCGUCGCCAACGACAUCCUCAUCGACCUCGCCGCCAACCCGGCGUCCGCCGCGUCCUGGGUCGACGCGAACGUCAAGCCGUUCGUCCCGGCGGUGAACAUCAAGUACAUCGCAGUCGGCAACGAGAUCUCCGGCGAGCCCACGCAGAACAUCCUCCCGGUCAUGCAGAACAUCAACGCCGCCCUGGCCGCGGCGAGCAUCACCGGCGUCAAGGCGUCCACGGCGGUGAAGCUAGACGUCGUCACCAACACGUUCCCGCCCUCGGCCGGCGUGUUCGCGGCGCCCUACAUGACGGCCGUGGCCAAGCUCCUGGCGAGCACCGGCGCGCCGCUGCUCGCCAACAUCUACCCCUACUUCGCCUACAUCGGCAACAAGAAGGACAUCAGCCUCAACUACGCCACGUUCCAGGCCGGCACGACGGUGCCCGACCCCAACACCGGCCUGGUCUACACCAACCUGUUCGACGCCAUGGUCGACUCCGUCUACGCCGCGCUGGACAAGGCCGGCGCGGCGGGCGUCAGCAUCGUCGUGUCGGAGAGCGGGUGGCCGUCGGCCGGCGGGGACUCGGCCACGAUCGACAUCGCGCGGACCUACGUGCAGAACCUGAUUAAGCAUGCGAAGAAGGGGACGCCGAAGCGGCCCGGGGUGAUCGAGACGUACGUGUUCGCCAUGUUCAACGAGAACCAGAAGCCCGGGGAAGCCACGGAGCAAAACUUUGGAGCCUUCUACCCUAACAAGACAGCAGUCUACCCUAUCAAUUUCCAGCUAGCUGGGACAACAAUGGCCAGGAGACAGGGAGUUGCUUCUAUGCUUACAAUUGCUCUGAUCAUUGGAGCAUUUGCUUCUGCUCCAACAACUGUGCAAUCCAUCGGCGUGUGCUAUGGCGUUCUCGGCAACAACCUCCCGUCGCGGAGCGAGGUGGUGCAGCUGUACAAGUCCAAGGGCAUCAACGGCAUGCGCAUCUACUACCCCGACAAGGAGGCGCUCAACGCCCUGCGCAACUCCGGCAUCGCCCUCAUCCUCGACGUCGGCGACCAGUUGUCCAACCUCGCCGCCAGCUCCUCCAACGCGGCCGCGUGGGUCCGCGACAACGUCAGGCCCUACUACCCGGCCGUCAACAUCAAGUACAUCGCCGUCGGCAACGAGGUGGAAGGCGGCGCCACGAGUAGCAUCCUCCCGGCCAUCCGCAACGUCAACUCCGCCCUGGCCUCGUCGGGCCUCGGCGCCAUCAAGGCGUCCACCGCGGUGAAGUUCGACGUCAUCUCCAACUCCUACCCACCCUCCGCCGGCGUCUUCAGGGACGCCUACAUGAAGGACAUCGCGCGCUACCUGGCGAGCACCGGCGCGCCGCUGCUCGCCAACGUGUACCCGUACUUCGCCUACAGGGGGAACCCGCGCGACAUCAGCCUCAACUACGCCACGUUCCGGCCGGGCACCACGGUGAGGGACCCAAACAACGGGCUCACCUACACCAACCUGUUCGACGCCAUGAUGGACGCCGUGUACGCCGCGCUGGAGAAGGCCGGCGCCGGGAACGUGAGGGUGGUGGUGUCGGAGAGCGGGUGGCCGUCGGCGGGAGGGUUCGGGGCGAGCGUGGACAAUGCGAGGGCGUACAACCAGGGGCUGAUCGACCAUGUCGGGCGUGGCACGCCCAAGAGGCCGGGGGCACUGGAGGCGUACAUAUUCGCCAUGUUCAAUGAGAACCAGAAGAACGGGGAUCCCACCGAGAGAAACUUUGGGCUCUUCUACCCUAACAAGUCGCCCGUGUAUCCCAUCCGGUUCUAA